AUGAAACUCUCAAAUCUUCUGUUAGUCGCAUCAGUCCAUGGAAAAAGCGGUAGAAACUGGGUUGGGAAGAAUUCGAACCGAUAUGUUCCCGAAUGCGAGUCUGGCAGAUACAAUGUCGCGGAUAUCUCGGUUCAUGAAGAAAAAUUAAACGAUUCGGGCUCGAGCUGGGACGAAAGCUUGGACCAUCAUUUUGGCGCUUGUUGGAUGCAAGGAAUGAGAAAUCACAUGGAAGACCGAGUGAUCACGAGAAAAUAUCUGACGGACAAGCAUCAAGCUAUUUCAUUGUACAUCGUUUUCGACGGACACGGUGGCGACGAAAUCGUCAAGCUCGCCGAAAAGAACCUCACUGAUUUCCUCCUUGAUUCCAAUCAAAAACUCUUCGAAUCACUUGAAAACCAAGCUGACGACAUCGACCCAAAUGAGUUCAAAAAACUAGUAGAAAUUCAAUUUCCCAAGUUUGAUGUCGAAUUGAUGCACGAAGAAAAGAUUCAUAAGAAACUGCUCGAUCCGAAAAUCAGGUCGACUUCUGGAUGCACUUGUACGGGUGUUUUUCUGACCCCGGAUCAUGUGAUUCUCUUUAAUGUUGGCGACUCGAGGACGAUUCUGAUUAAUGAGAAUGAGGAUAGCCCGGUUAUUUUUGCUUCAAAGGACCACAAACCAGACGAUCCCGUCGAAACCGCCCGAAUCAACGCCGCCGGUGGUUUUGUCACGCUUCCUCCAAAGACCUACAUCCCUCGAGUCAUGGGCCAGCUCGCCCUUUCCCGCGCAUUCGGCGACUUCCAGCUCAAGAUGAAACAGGUCUCCCAAAGCGAGCAGCCAGUCAUCGUCGAUCCUGACGUGACAAUCCUUGAUCGAAGCAAGGUCACCCACAUUGUCGUCGGAUCAGACGGAGUUUUCGACGAUUUAACGAACGAAGAAGUCGCCGCUUUCGCAACUGGAAAAGACGGCGAUAUUCAAAAACGAACUUAUGACUUGCUUCGAAAAUCGCUCUCCGCUGGAUCCCAAGAUAAUAUGGCUGCGAUCGUAAUUGCGCUAGAAUCAGAAUAG